GUUAAAAAGUGCAGAAGGCGUUGCCUUUAACAGAAGGGGGCGGGAUGCCUGCAUAAAAGAGCACUUGAAGUUGCCGUUGGCCUUGAGACGCUCUUAACGACUUUUUUUACGGUCUGAAGGCUCUUUCGUCCUUGCUCAUUUUUAAGGAAAUGGCUCCAUGCGAAAAGUGUAUCCCCAAAGAAUCCACCCCCCCAAGUAGGGUUGCUGAGGGACUGAUUAGACUGUAUAGCAUGAGAUUCUGUCCAUAUGCCCAGAGAGCCAGGCUGAUCCUUAUAGCAAAAGGCAUCAAGCAUGAGACCAUCAAUAUUAAUCUGAAGAAUAAGCCUGACUGGUUCUUUGAAAAAAAUCCAUUUGGCACAGUCCCAGUGAUAGAAUGUCCCAAUGGAAAGGUGAUCUACGAGUCUCCAAUCAUCUGCGAGUAUCUGGAUGAAGCAUUUCCAGAAAAAAAGUUGAUGCCAUCUGAUCCAUAUGAGAAAGCCAAGCAAAAGAUGCUUCUUGAACACUACUCUAAGACUGUCCCAUAUUUCUAUUCGAUUGCAGCAGCUUUACGCAAUAAAGAGGAUGCUUCUAAGCAGGAAGAGGAGUUCAAGCAGAAGCUUACCUAUUUGGAUGGGAUUCUUGAAAAGCAGAAGACCCAGUUCUUUGGAGGAGAUUCUGUCUCAAUGAUUGAUUACAUGAUAUGGCCGUGGUUUGAACGAAUUCAAGGAUUCCAGCUUCAGCACUGUUUACAACACACGUCAAACCUCAACAGCUGGGUGAGCCGCAUGAAGGAAGACCCUGCUGUAAAGGCAACUAUGAACUGUCCUGACACCUUCAAGACCUUUUAUAAUCUCUACGCACAAGGAAGCCUGGAGGCCUGUGAUUAUGGUCUCUAAGACAUGGUCUACAUUCUUCUGAAAAAAUUAAUUUUUUUAUUAACCCAGAAAUUCACUUGUAGAAUGAAAGUUCUUAAGAUUGGUCGGUUUCAUAAAUGCAAUAUAAACAGUAAA